UGAUAAAAUUUAGAAACGAUUGUCCGAUUCACAAAUGAGUUAGCAAACCUCGUUAAUCAUUGAUAAACUUAUUAUUCACUAGAUAGACUUUUAAACUUUCAUAAACCUAUUGGAAUAGUCCAAAAGUUACAAUACCGAACGAUACUAACACAAAAAUGCGUUAAAAUAUUUGUUUUGUUUUGUUUUGACUAUGAAAAUCUUCUGACACUAUGAAGGUCGUUUGAUAUUUAUGUGGUUAGUUUAACCAAUCCUCCUACAGUUACAUGUUCAUCUUAACCAACUAAUUCAAUAUAUUAGUGACCUUAACAAAAAAAUCAAUCUAUCGUCUGUUGAAUUGAGUCAGCUUGACAUAUGGAUUUGGAUGCUUUUAAUCGCUCUGAGUGGAACGAUUCUCAACAUCCUCAUACAAGGCAUCGGACAAUGACUUCUAAGAGAUGUCCGGAAAUACCAUCUCCUAAUUCAUCAUCAGGAAGCUCAGCGGAUUCAAGCACAGACAGAUGUACGGAAGAAAACAUGGGAUCUAAAAUGAGUGAGUAUCUUGGACAAUCAGAAACAAAUUUUAAUCAGAUACCGGUCAGUGCACAAGAUAGUUUCUCCGACCACAGUCUGAACAAUUCAGCUGGUCCAUUUUCAAGCCAACAAGGUUAUACAAAUCCUUCUUAUGGCAAUAAUCCAUCUGCUACAUCAUAUCUACCAGGUACAACCUCAUUCAAUAUCGAUUAUGCACGUCAAAUGCAAAGUCCUUAUAUUUCUGGGAAUCCCAAUUCACAAAAUCUCCACACAGAGUAUUGCCCAACUAUACCACCAUCAGGUGGAAGUUCAUUUGGUAGCAACCCAGUGAACACGAAUCAAGGAUCUGUAUAUCCGAUGUUUAACGAUUUCCCUACUCCGAUUUCAUCUCAGUCGAAUGAGUUUUCUGUCUCAUGCAGAGUUUAUGGGUUCGCUGAAUCAGCUCCACUCGAUGAUAUCAUGAAACCAACAUUAACACCUAAAGAAAAUUUCUGUGUUGAACAUGACUGUGAACGUUUAGUGAGUGCUCUGGAUAGAUUAAAGAUAAGAGAAAAAGAAAUCGUUGAAGUAAUGGGUCGUCGACCUGUUGUUCAACGUAUAGCGAUUCUAAAAAAAUAUAAAUCUCUGUAUAAGGACAAUUUAUUCGCCAUAUUUAAUUCUAAAUUAACUGGAUGUUUAAAAGAUUGUUUGAUUGCGUUGUGCUAUACACCAGCAGAAUUUGAUGCAAUAGAACUUCAUAGAGCAAUGAGAGGAACUGAUACUGAUGAAGAUACAAUAAUUGAAAUUCUUUGUACAAGAUCAAAUGAACAAAUCAGAAGAAUUAAGGAUAUUUAUCCAAAAUUAUUCGAUGGUUGUGAUUUGGUGAAUGAUGUAAACAAUCAGAUUACACAUCAAUUCAAACGCAUAUUCAUGACUCUAUUAAAGGCGGAUAGAGAUGAAUUUACAUUUGUAGAUAGAAAUCUUGUACAAAGAGAUGUGGAAGAAUUAUUUAAUAUAAUACAACAAAACAUUAGAAUAGAUGAAUCAAAAGUAAUUGGUGUGAAUUUGAACAAAAUGAUUGAAUAUUGGAGAACAAACUUCAUGAAUGAUUGAAAUGUGUUUGCUUGAAUCAAAACCAUCUGAACAAGCAGGUAGACGGUUAGAACUCAGUACCAUAAAGUGUAAUAUAGGUUGGUCAUAUUACAUACUUUUUAUCGACAUAUUUGUCCCAUUAUCUGAAAAUGACAUCUGUUAAAAAUUAUCUGAUUAAAUGGAUGCAAUGGUCCAACAAAUAAGAAUCAGUUUGAUGCAACAUACAGCUCAGUCUUUCAGCAAACUGUUAGACAUAAUCCUUCUUUUUUCUUUAAACAUACCUGUACAUAUUAGAUUCAUUCUUAUAUUGGCUUCAAGAUCUUAUGCUCACUUACGAGUUGUAUUCAGUGAAUAUAUACGAAUUAGUAAGCAUACUAUGGAAGAUACUUUAAAGUUCAGAAUGCGUGGAAAUACACUCAGUGCUCUACUUUCUAUGGUUCGUUGUAUACAAAAUAAACCACGAUAUUUUGCAGAAAAAUUAUUAAAAGCCAUGCAAUGUGCUGAAACAGCUGAUAAAGCACUUAUACGUAUUAUUGUCAGUCGUUGUGAAAUUGAUUUGAAAAAUAUCAUGAAAGAGUUUUAUAAAAUAACACGAAAAACUUUGGUUGAUUGCAUAGAUGUAAGUGUGAAUAAUAUUUAUUGGAUGAUAAUUUAUUCUAAUUAUUGUCACUUUACUGCAUGUUCAACAUUGAUAUAUUUCUUCUAAAUGACGAAUGGACUGAAAUAAGGCAACUCUUGGAAAACUAAGAGCAAUAGAUUAUCAUUCUGUCCAAUUAUGGGACUGACCCCUCAUCAGUAUGAAUCUGAGAGUCGGUAGUAGAAUACAGAUAUUUCGAUAUCACGCAUAAACCUUUAAAAUCUAGACGUAUGUGACCGGAUCCGAGGAAAUACAAGUCUCAUUUCAAUCAAUCUACAAACUUAUACGGAAAUCUUCAACUGUAUUACAUGAGUACCAACAACAAAACAGAAACAAAUAAAACUCAAUAAUUAGGCAUUCUCAUUGAAGAGUUCCAUAUUUCGACGAAAUAACAGUCCAGUGCUGUCAAAUACUCAUUAGUUGUCUGAAUUGUAUCAAUUCGUGAUUUUGAUCGAGUUCAACUAUCUUCACAAGCCAAAUAUAAUGAAUGAUUUACAUUCCACAGUAAACUUAUUUGCUUUAUAUUGAAAAUUAUUUUUCUGUGUUAAUCUAUAACCCAUGGAAAUCUGUAUGAACAAUAGUGCUGAAUAAUACUGAAAAUUAUUGCUUCAACCAAAUGCUUCUCGAAAAACUUCUAGAUUCAUAUCUAAGGAUGCAUACAU